AUGGAACAGUUAAAUACCGGUGGAAAAGCUAAUAGUCAUUGGAAAAUGCUAGCUCAGGCUUAUCAUUCUUUAUUACUAACUUCUAAUUCUGGAAAUCUUCUUCCAAAUAGAGAAAUUCCAGCUUCUAUUAACAAUGGAACAUCUUCUAUCAAACCAAAUAUUCAGUAUCCAGGAGGAAAUGAAAUUAAUCAACAACAAAUUAAUAAUUAUGUUAAUGAGCAAAAUAAAAAUAUCAUCAAUGAAUUAAAUAAAAAAAUGUGUUUUAUUGAACGAAAACAAUUUGAGUUACAACAAAAAAAUGAAUUUUAUGAAAAAAUGAUAUUAGAUUUAAUAAAUGAAAAUAAAAAUUUUAAAGCACGUUUAGAUUCUCAUGAUAUUAUUAUUGAUAAACAUGCAACAGUAAUUGAUGUCACUUCAAAUUCUUUAUAUAAUUGUAUUCACCUUUUUAAUGAAGAUACUAAUAAACUUCAAAAACAUCUUGAAGAUAACUCAACUAGAAUAAAUUUUAUUAUGCAUAAUAUUGGAAGUACAAAUUUUAAUUCACCAUCUAGAAGUAUCGUAAGUACAGAAUCAUCUACUUCCAUAGAAAAAAAUGAUUCACCUUUUCAAACAUCUGCUUUUGUUUAUACCAAUAGCAAUAUUACGAAUUGUUUAAAUGGUCAUCCAAAACAUGAUAUAAAUAAUAUGGAUAUUGAAGAUAAGUUAAGUGAUAAAAAAAAUGGAGAAAAUUAG